GUCAAGCAGCUGCAGCUCACUGACUGCAAGCGAGGCGAAGGGAUAAAAAGCGAGCUCACUUUUCUCUUUUGUAACUGCGUUAUUUAGCUACCUAAAAGUGUCACAAACUUCCUAAUGCUGCGGAAUACAAAUAUAUUUACAUUGCAUCAACUUAUCUGGAACCAAUAACCCAAACAGGAGUUGAGUUAAAACAAAAAUGAUUAUCCAUAGGAGUUUCGUUACUCUCGCAUUUCUACUGCCCUCAUUGAUCUCAGGACAGUAUCAAGGAGAUAAUGGAAUAGCAGUUCCUGACCACGGAUUUUGUCAGCCUAUUUCCAUACCACUAUGUACGGACAUAGCCUACAAUCAAACCAUUAUGCCAAACCUUCUUGGACAUUACAAUCAAGAGGACGCUGGACUGGAGGUGCAUCAGUUUUAUCCCUUAGUUAAGGUACAGUGUUCACCGGAGCUCAAAUUUUUUCUUUGCUCAAUGUAUGCUCCCGUAUGUACAGUACUGGAGAAAGCCAUUCCACCGUGCCGCUCAAUCUGCGAGAGGGCCAAGCAUGGCUGUGAGGCGCUCAUGAACAAGUUUGGUUUCCAGUGGCCUGAGCGUCUACGGUGCGAGAAUUUCCCCGUGCUUGGCGACGGUCACAUUUGUGUUGGUCAGAAUGAAUCAACUGCCACUGUCCCACCCGUUCUCAUGCCAGUCCCUGGAACUCCGGGAGUCCACGUCUACUCCACACCUGAUAGGCCUUUCCGUUGUCCAGCCGUGCUCAAAGUCCCAUCCUAUCUUAAUUAUAAAUUUAUGGAUGAGCUGGAUUGUGCUGCACCAUGUGAACAUUCGAGAAGCAGUGGGGGCUACAUGUUUUUCAAUGAUAAAGAAAUACAGUUUGCUCGUAUUUGGAUCCUCAUCUGGUCCUCCCUCUGCUGUGCAUCCACUCUAUUCACGGUGACCACAUACUUGGUGGACAUGCAGCGUUUCAAAUACCCAGAGAGGCCUAUCAUUUUCCUGUCUGGCUGCUAUACCAUGGUCUCUAUAGCAUACAUAGCUGGCUACUUCCUGGGGGACAAGGUGGUGUGCAAUGACAGUUUCAGCCCUGAGGGUUAUAAGACCAUUGUACAAGGCACCAAAAAAGAGGGCUGUACCAUUCUCUUCAUGAUGCUGUAUUUCUUCAGUAUGGCCAGCUCCAUCUGGUGGGUCAUCCUGUCUCUCACCUGGUUCCUAGCAGCUGGUAUGAAAUGGGGCCAUGAGGCCAUUGAGGCCAACUCCCAGUACUUCCACCUGGCAGCAUGGGCAGUCCCCGCAGUGAAGACCAUUAGCAUCCUGGCCAUGGGGCAGAUCGAGGGGGAUGUUCUCAGCGGGGUCUGCUUUGUGGGCCUCAACACUCUAGACCCACUAAGAGGGUUCGUCUUGGCCCCCCUAUUCAUCUACCUCUUCAUCGGCACCUCUUUCCUGCUGGCUGGCUUUGUGUCUCUGUUCCGCAUCCGCACCAUCAUGAAACACGACGGCACCAAGACAGAGAAGCUGGAGCGCCUGAUGGUGAGGAUCGGCGUGUUCAGCGUGCUCUACACGGUGCCUGCCACCAUCGUCAUUGCCUGCUUCUUCUACGAGCAGGCCUUCCGUCACCACUGGGAGCUGAGCUGGGUCAGCCAUAAUUGCAAGGGCCUGGCCAUCCCUUGCCCCAUGCAGAACCGCCACCGCAUGACCCCAGACUUUACCGUCUACAUGAUUAAGUACCUGAUGACUCUCAUUGUGGGAAUCACGUCUGGCUUCUGGAUCUGGUCAGGCAAGACCCUCCAGUCAUGGCGCAAGUUCUACACCAGGCUCACUAACAGUAAGCAUGGAGAGACCACUGUGUAGAAGUUAUUUUUUUAAAUUAGUUCUAAUGCGUUCUAGAAUACUUUUUUUCCCCACUUUUCUACUUUCUGUCAGAGUGCUAAUUUUAUACAAUAAUCAGAUGCCACCAGUAUUUUUCUAAGACAUUUCCACAGAUUUUGUACAGUUAUGAAUAAAAACACCAAAUCAUUGAAAAAUGUGGUGAGCUUGACACAAGGACAUACUGUUGAUCUCAAAAUGACUGAACAUGAGUUCCUGAGCAAACAACAAGCAUGGUUACCGAGUGCCAUGUGCUGACAGGCUCUCCUCCUCCACUGUGCUCACCAGUCUUUUUUUAAAGUUACCAGCCAUAAAACUCUCCUGUGAGAGUGAGCAACCAGCUGGGAAUACAGGGAGGGGGAAGGAGCCUGAAAAAACAGCCCUUCUAGGACUUAAUCUUUUUCUCUGUGAACAUGUCAGAUGUAAUUAAAUGCAACUGUAAAUAGUAGUUGUAAAUAUAUGAAAGUAUAUAUUUGUAUUUAAUGAAUGAAAUGCUUUUGCGUACUGUCAGCUGUGCUCUGUUUGUUAUUCUAUUACCUAUGAAUGGAGCAUUGCACACAUUGUCCCGUCUGACACUGUUGCAUAGCCUAAAGCUUUUGAAGUUGCUCCUGUAACAGAGCUGUACUCAUUUACCUCUGAUGUAUCAAAUCGGAGACUCAUAGGAUGUACACUUUCUCUACUCUGCCUCUAUCCUACUCUCUCUCUCUCUUACCCCACACAGAGUGCCUUAAAGAGACAUGGAAAGUGCUGGUUCUUGGAUGAGGGGCUUAAACAUUUGUACUAUAUGUCCUUUCUAGGUAGUGGGGAAACUUAUGUUUUCUUAAUCUUACUAGAGAAGGCACCCCAUGACUGGAACAUUAGAAAGCCAAAUUGAUUCAAUAACUGAAUUGGUUGAAUACUGCACGUAAAUAUUGUGAAUCUUGCAGUCAUUUAAUGAUCAAAUGCAUUUCACAUUAUGGAAAGAGAGGACAGAUGGGCGAUGAAACAAUAAACUCCUUAUGAUUUCAUUUUU